GGCAAGGUCUACCCCAGUGCCCUUCGCCACCUCCGUGGGUAUGCCACACCCCCUCGCCCUUGGGAAGAGGCCCCUGGGGGCUUCCCCUGCACGUCCUGCCUGCCUAUAGGUAAGGCUGCCCCCAGGGCGGCACCAUUGGUAACGGCAGCUUCCCUGGGGCAGGAGAGCCGCCGUCUCCCUGGCAACGCAGCAACGCUUCCUUCCGGCUGCCAUGGGCAGAGAGCGCUGCUGCGUGUGCGGCAUGUUUGGCACCAGCCCUUUGCCACAUCCCGCCCCCUGCCCCUGGGUCUGAGGCACUGUGGUUGCCCAGUGCUGGCAGAAAGGUACACAAUUGAAUAUUCCUUUUCUGUCCUUGGGCCGGGGCCGGAUGGUUUCCAGAACCGUCCUCCCUCAGCGGCUCUCCCGCCGGCGUGUCUGUGGGCCUGCGCUGCUCCCGCUGCUUAACCAGGACCCCUUUCUUCCUCCGUCUCCUGUGCUCUAGACCAGCACGUGCAGCGAUGGGCGUGGUCUCUGCGCCCUGGAAACGUGGCAACUGCAGCUGAGGAACUGAGCUGUUCAUUUUAAUUAAUUUGCACCUUGAUAGCCACGUGGGACUAGUGGCUGCCUGACUGAGCAGGGCAGACUAGAGCAAGGAACGCUGUUCCCACCAAGGGGAGAAAUGAUGAUCGAUAGUGUUCAUCUAGAUUCAUAGAGAGGGGGGCCCCUCUAAGGUCACUGAUAUUAUGAAGGCCCAGAGACGGACAGUGACUUGCCCAGGAUCACACAGCAAGGUAGCAACCGCUCUGCGCCAGACACCCAAGUCUUCUAACUCCAGCGUCUUCGUUGUUUCUGAGGAAUGUGGUCGCCGCUCCCAGGGAAGGAGUUGUGGGUGUGAUGGCACAUAGGUGGAGCCCAGUGUGCUGAGCCCUUAAAGUGCAUCGCGCCUGUGUCUCAUUCUCUUCACCCCCAUUUGACAGUGCUCCUGCGGGAGGAAGUGUCUCGGCUCCAGGAGGAAGUCCACCUUCUCCGGCAGAUGAAGGAGAUGCUGACCAAGGACCUGGAGGAGUCGCAGGGCGGCAAGUCCUCUGAGGUCCUCUCGGCCACCGAGCUCAGGGUGCAGCUGGCCCAGAAGGAGCAGGAGCUAGCCAGAGCCAAAGAAGCCUUGCAGGCCAUGAAAGCCGACCGGAAGCGCCUCAAGGGCGAGAAGACGGACCUGGUGAGCCAGAUGCAGCAGCUGUACGCCACGCUGGAGAGCCGCGAGGAGCAGCUGCGAGACUUCAUCCGCAACUACGAGCAGCACCGCAAGGAGAGCGAGGAUGCCGUGAAAGCCCUGGCCAAGGAGAAGGACCUGCUGGAGCGCGAGAAGUGGGAGCUGCGGCGCCAGGCCAAGGAGGCCACCGACCACGCCACAGCGCUGCGCUCCCAGCUGGACCUCAAGGACAACCGCAUGAAGGAGCUGGAGGCCGAGCUGGCCAUGGCCAAGCAGUCCUUAGCCACACUGACCAAGGACGUCCCCAAGCGGCAUUCCCUCGCCAUGCCGGGCGAGACGGUGCUCAACGGCAACCAGGAGUGGGUGGUACAGGCGGACCUCCCGCUGACGGCAGCCAUCCGGCAGAGCCAGCAGACUCUCUACCACUCGCAUCCCCCCCACCCCGCUGACCGGCAAGCGGUCAGGGUGAGCCCCUGCCACUCCCGGCAGCCCUCUGUCAUCUCCGAUGCAUCUGCCGCUGAAGGCGACCGGUCAUCCACGCCAAGCGACAUCAACUCCCCUCGACACCGGACACACUCCCUCUGCAACGGCGACAGUCCCGGCCCGGUUCAGAAGAACCUGCACAACCCUAUUGUACAGUCACUAGAGGAUCUUGAAGACCAAAAACGGAAAAAGAAGAAAGAGAAGAUGGGAUUCGGCUCCAUCUCGCGCGUCUUCGCCAGAGGGAAGCAGCGGAAGUCCCUCGACCCCGGCCUCUUUGAUGACUCAGACAGCCAGUGCAGCCCCACACGGCAGAGCCUCAGCCUGUCGGAGGGCGAGGAGCAGACGGACCGGCUGCAGCAGGUGGAGCUGGUCAGGACCACCCCCAUGUCCCACUGGAAGGCGGGCGCCGUCCAGGCCUGGCUGGAGGUGGUCAUGGCCAUGCCCAUGUACGUCAAGGCCUGUGCGGAGAACGUGAAGAGUGGGAAGGUGCUGCUGAGUCUGAGUGACGAGGACCUGGAGCUGGGCCUCGGCGUGUGCAGCUCCCUGCACCGGCGCAAGCUGCGGCUGGCCAUCGAGGACUAUCGCGACGCCGAGGCGGGCAGGAGCCUGUCCAAAGCCGCCGACCUGGACCAUCACUGGGUGGCCAAGGCCUGGCUGAAUGACAUCGGCCUGUCCCAGUACUCCCAGGCCUUCCAGAACCACCUCGUUGAUGGGCGGAUGCUGAACUCCCUGAUGAAGCGGGACCUGGAGAAGCACCUGAAUGUGUCCAAGAAGUUCCACCAGGUCAGCAUCCUGCUGGGGAUCGAGCUGCUGUACCAAGUGAACUUCAGCAGGGAGGCCCUCCAGGAGCGCCGGGCCCGCUGCGAGACGCAGAACAUAGACCCCGUGGUCUGGACCAACCAGCGGGUGCUCAAAUGGGUGCGAGACAUUGACCUGAAGGAAUACGCCGACAACCUGACCAACAGCGGCGUCCACGGGGCCGUGCUGGUGCUGGAACCCACGUUCAAUGCCGAGGCCAUGGCCACCGCCCUGGGCAUCCCCAGCGGGAGGCACAUCCUCCGGAGACACCUGGCAGAGGAGAUGAGCGCCAUCUUCCACCCGGCCAGCUGCUCAGGCAUCCGGGAGGCAGAGCGUUUCGGGACGCCCCCCGGGAGGGCCUCCAGCGUCCCCCGGGCGGGGAAGGAGGAGAACAGCGGAGGAAUCAAGUACAAGGCCGGCCGGCUGCCCCUGGGGAAGAUAGGAAGGGGCUUCAGCAGCAAAGACCCUGAUUUCCAUGAUGACUAUGGCUCUCUUCAAAACGAAGAUUGCGGAGAUGAUGACUCCCAAGGCCGACCAGAGCAGUGCCGUCUGGAGGGCUACAACGGCCUGGAAGUCACCAACGUGUAAGGAACUGAUGCUCCACCAGACCCACCGUGGAGAGAGCCAGGGAGGAGGGGUAGCCAGAGCCAUGCAAGUGUACGUAGCGGCCUCGGGCUGAGGGUGCCCUCCACUGCCGGCCAACGUCCCAGCAGACUGCUGCCGUUUCCGCUGGAGCACCCAGCAACCAGGGGGCAGCAGCCUGCCUGUCCCGGGCGGGCUGUGGACUUUCCUGCUCAGCGGGGGGAGCCUGGCCCGGAGCACCCAUCGCAGUGCCCAGCUCCUCCGUCACCCAGGCUCCACCUCAGAGUGACUGUCAGCCAUCGACAGCCGAGUGGUCCCUGCAGCCUUGACCUGAGCUGCCAAGGUGGAAGAGGCCCACAGUUCCCCAAAACACCCACCCAGGAGGAGCAGGUGGGACUCAACCAGACACAGUGGAGCCCAGAAGGGACAGUGCCAGAAGCAGGCAGAGCCUGCCACGGAGUUAGGUCCGUGACAAACAUACCAAGUAUGGCAAUGGUUUGGGGACUGAGGGCAGGGAAUGCUUGCCAUUGUUAACCCAGCAAACCUUUGCUGUGCUGUCCCUGUCCCCUGAAACAUCAGUGUGCUCACCAGUGCCCUAACUGAGAUGAAUCUGGCAGAGCAGAGUCAUUAAGGUGGGGAACAGAACCCCAUGCCCUUCUUUUGAUUCGACCACUGUUUUGCUGUGUGGCUCUUUCCCAGUGGCCUCACCUCUCUGUGCCUCAACGUCUUCAUCUACAACACUUCUGGUUCCCACCAGGGACGUUGUGAGGAUUAACAUUUGCUAAUGUCUGUAACACACUUUGUGGCCUCUCAGGAGACGGGUGGGAAGUUAUGGGGUGGGGCGGGGGUGUCUAAUUUCCCAUUUGCAACACAGAACUGACACGGAAUUGGUUCUUUCCAACUCUUUCUUGGUCAGAGCAGUGUGCUGAAGGAGGCCAAGGAAUGGCUGAUGUUCAGACUCUAGAGCCCCCAACAGGGCUUGACCAAAGGAGAUAGAGAGAAAUCCCAUGGGCACGACUGUUAAAAACUAGCUUGAGUCAAGCGUUCAGGCUUGAGUUCAUUGACCUCAGUGCCAAGCGAUGAUUAGGAAAGGACCAGAGCACUGAGUUCCACGCACACUUCGGUUAUCAAAGUGAAUCAUUUGUUGGAACCACGAUGCUCCCUUCCAUCGAGCCGUUGGCACUGAAUCGAUGAGAGGUUUGAAUUUCCAAGACUCACACGGGUGUCAGCCCGCGAGAACCGUCAAAGCACAUGUUCUUCAGCCCAGUGAAUUGUUUCACCUCACGGGGUGAGCUAAACCGAGGCCUGAUGAACUUGAGAGUGACUCCCCUUCAUGCCGCAGACUAUGGUUUUCUCUCUAAUUAUAAGCACAGCCUUUCCUACCACCAGAAACUGAAGGCCUCGUGGGUGGACAGGUGGACGGUCCCCUCUGUCUGAAUGUUUGGCCUCCUAGAGACUCAUUUCUGAUUCCGGGGCAGGGCCUGAGGGGUGAAGCUCCAGUAUCGACUUGGCUUUGCUGAGGUUCCAAACCCUGGUAUCUUUAUGACGUUCAGCCACACACAGGGAGCCCAAAGCCCGGAGGGAGUGAAACCUCCCUGUAACCUGAUGUCACACGUCACUCCGAAGCCAGCAUCCAGGCUGGGUGACCUGGGACCCCAGUAUCUGCCUCUUGGGGAGCAGUAAGCCAGGCAGGCAGUUAUCCCCGCAGGGUGAGCAAGAGCGGCAGAAGGUGCCUGAAUGCAGAUCGGAUUAUUUGAAACCAACAUCACCAAAGUUGCCAGAAAUGAAGCUUGUGUUGUUCCCCAACUUAAUCUCGUUGGGGACAAAUGGGCAAGUGGACAACUGAGGGGUCACUGGCAGAGAUGGCAUUGCCCAAAACUUUGCAGCAUUAGGCCAGCAGGCUGGGGGCAAUGUGGGCAACCAGAAUGCACCUUUUGGUCCACCUGAUGCCCUACCAGCCCCUUCUCUCCUGCCCGGUGCUCCCUGCCCCUGGCAGCCCGGCCAGCAUUUGGGGCUGGCUUUUCGACAUGAGGACAGGUUGGUUGCGUCAAGUGAAACAGCAAAUUUGCUUGUUAUUUUACCCUCAAAAUGAGUUUAUUUGGGAAUAGCCAAAAGAAUGACAAUUCAAGAUGUGCAUGCUAUGGCAAACCAUAGACAAAUCCGGCGGACAAAGGAAGGGGCUGCUUUUAUAGGGAAA